CGUGCAGCCACUUCCGAUCCUCUCACGGAAGUUGCGCCGUGGAGCCAAAUUCGAAGCUAGUGAAGACGCGGAGGCACGGCCACCAAGCUGGACCCGUCGCCGUUUCCUUGGCUACCUCGGCUACUCGAGACCAGUCAUCAUGCCUAUCCGUGCGUUGUGCACCAUCUGCUCCGACUUCUUUGAUCACUCCCGCGACGUGGCCGCCAUCCAUUGCGGCCACACCUUCCACUCGCAUUGCCUAAUUCAGUGGUUUGAGACAGCACCAAGUCGGACCUGCCCGCAGUGCCGAAUCCAGGUCGGCAAAAGAACCAUUAUCAAUAAGCUCUACUUUGACCUUGCCCAGGAGGAGGAGAAUGUCUUAGAUGCAGAAUUCUUAAAGAAUGAACUGGAUAAUACCAGAGCCCUGCUUUCCCAGAAAGAGAAGGAAAAACGAGACAGCCAGCUCAUCAUUGACUCUCUGCGGGACACGCUGGACGAGCGCAAUGCCACUGUGGAGUCCCUGCAGAGGGCUUUGGACAAGGCCGAGAUGCUGUGCUCCACCCUCAAGAAGCAGAUGAAGUACUUGGAGCAGCAGCAGGAUGAGGCCAAGCAAGCACGAGAGGAGGCUCGCCGACUCCGGAGCAAGAUGAAGAACAUGGAGCGAAUCGAGCUCCUCCUCCGGAGCCAACGGCCUGAGGUGGAGGAGAUGAUCCGAGACAUGGGUGUGGGACAGUCCGCGGUGGAGCAGCUGGCCGUGUACUGCGUGUCCCUCAAGAAAGAGUAUGAGAAUCUAAAAGAGGCACGGAAGGCCUCAGGGGAGCUAGCUGACAAACUGAAGAAGGACUUGCUUUCUUCCAGAAGCAAGUUGCAGACAGUCUGCUCUGAACUGGACCAGGCCAAGUUGGAGCUGAAGUCGUCUCAGAAGGACUUACAGAGUGCUGACAAGGAAAUUACGAGCCUGAAAAAAAAGCUGACGAUACUGCAGGAAACCCUGAAGCUGCCACCAGGAGACAGUGAAACUAUCAACCGCCUCGUUUUAGAGAGCCCAGCUCCUAUGGAAAUGGUGAGCCUGAAGCUUCGCCGGCCAGCCUUUGGUGAUGAUAUUGACCUCAAUGCCACCUUUAAUGUGGACACUCCCCCAACCCAGCCCUCCAGCACCCAGUAUGGCCUUGCCAAGAGGCUCUUCCCUGAGAAGGCACAUUCUCCUGUUCAGGACGUUCCCAAGAAGAUGCCCAAAGGCCCCAGGCAGGAGUCCCAGCUCUCGCUGGGGGGCCAGCGCUGUCUGGGGGAGCCUGAUGAGGAGCUGGCUAGUGCGUUCCCCGUCUUCAUCCGGAAUGCUGUCCUGGGCCAGAAACAGACCAAGAGGGUCAGGGCAGAGCCCUGCCGCAGCACAGAUGCAGUAAGGAUUGGCUUCGAUGGACUUGGAGGCCGAACCAAAUUCAUCCAGCCUACCGACACAACUAUGAUCCGCCCACUGCCAGUUAAACCAAAGCCCAAGGCCAGGGCUAGGCAGAAACUGGGGGCCAGGACAGCGCCCACCCCGUCCCAGGCCACGCUGGAUAAUUUCCUGUGGCAGUGAAAACACUUUGUCCACAGUCUGUAACCUGGGCACAGUGCAAGGCCAUAAGCAGGAAAGCAAAUGGGCGAACCAGGGUCUAGACACAGGGAACUCACAGCAAGCACAAGUGACCUGUGACGACAACCCCUUCUUCACCUUUCAACUCUACCAGCCAAGUUGGUAGUCUCCGCGGUUUGGCUUCAAGAGCACUUUCUUCCGGAAGACUUCUCUUUUAAGUCCUAACUUGGGUGCGGACUUGGGCUUCCCUAGUGGCUCAGCUGGUAAAGAAUCCGCCUUGCAGGGCAGGAGACCCAGGUUCAAUCCCUGGGUCAGGAAGACCCUGGAGAAGGAAAUGGCAGCCCACUCUAGUAUCCUUGCCUGGAAAAUCCCAUGGACAGAGGAGUCUGGUGGGCUACAGUCCAUGGGGUUGUAAAGAGUAUCUGAGCAUGUUAGGUGAGGACCCCUAAACUUCCCUUUCUCAUUACUGGGUGAGUGUUUGCCUGUUUCUGCACAUUUCAGCAUGAACCUGGCAUAAGAGAGACUGCUUCAGAUUGAGAGUGCCCGUCUGCUCCCCUGCAGGUGCGUGGGAGCCUGGGGCUUCUUGGGGGGAAGUGAUGCUCUUGAUUAUGGGAGUUGGACUCCUUUGGUGCUGCCUCGAGCCAAGGAUGGUUAGGGAGUGGAAGUGCAGCAUCAAAUGAAGUGCAGUGGCUGGCUAAUAGCUUUCUUAUAGAUCAGUAAUCAAUUAGAAUUAAAAACCGAGAAACAAAAAGAAGAAAAAAUAAUAACAUUAAAAACCCAGCACCAACAAAGAAGAAGAAAGGAAACAAAAUAUUUAGGUAUAAAUCUAACAAAAUAGGUACAAGAUCUCUGUGAGGGUAAACUACAAAGCUCUAGGUCUAUACGUACAAUGGAACAUUAUUUAGGCUUUAAAAAAAAAUUCUGAAACAUGCUACAGUGUAAGUGAAUCUUGAAGACACUAAGCUACUUGAAAUAAUCCAGGGGCAAAGGACAAAUUCUGUAGGAUUCCAUGUAUAUGCGAUAUCAAGAGUAGUCAGAUUCACAGAGACAGAAGGUAGCAUGGUUAUUGCCAAGACUGGGAAGGAAGGAAUGGAAAGUUAUUGUCAAAUGGGUUGCGAGUUCCAGUUUGAGAAGUUGAAAUUCUGGACAUGAAUGGUGGUGUUGGUACAACAACGUGCAUGUCUGUAAUGCUACUGAACUGUAUAUUUUAAAACAUUAAAUUUCAUCUUAUGUUUAUUUUCUUACAAUAAAAAAAAGGACCAAAA